ACCGAGCAUAGCAGAGCAGCGGCGGCGGCGUCCCUCUCCUUCUCGUCGACAUUCGCUCGCCCGACGCUGCUGCGCUGCAAGCCGGGCAGCCGGCGUCCGGCCGUGAACCCGUCGGCCCUCGCGGCCUCGCCCCGUCUGCGGCCUGCCCUCCCGGCGGCCUCGCCCACCCCCCGCCCGGCGGCCCAGCCCGUCUUGCCGCAGACGCGCAGUGGCGCCGUCCCCGCGCUAGCGCGGUCCUGACCCCCGCCCGCCAUGUCCCCUGAUCGCCUGCCGCCCUGCCCGUCACUGGCCGCCCACCUCCGCUCAGCACCCUGGCCUGCCUGCCUAUCUCUGUCUAUACUGUGACUGCAUCCACAAGGAGUAAAGAGAGAUGGUAGGCCCAUCCAGUGAAGCCUCCAGAAGGAAGACUGAUUUCUCAUUCAAGGAUGCCAGAUAUCUGUGGUCUCUUGUGCGAAAGCAACAGUCUGUUGCUAAAAGGAAAAGGAAAUGGCUGCGGUCUAUGAUUCCAGUGGAAGACGGCACCAUCCAACCUCUCAAACGACCCAAGUUUCUAAAUGAGGUGUACUUGGCUGAAUCUUUUGUAAGGAGUGAUGAGGUGUCUUGUGAGAAAUCCAUAGCCCAUGUCGAAAGAUGUUUUGGUUUCAAAUGCGAGGAGUACAACCACCACAUUGUUCAGGAUGGCCUCCAGCCUCUAAAGUUGCAGCAAGGCAGGGAUGGUUCACUCAGUCCACAAGGUCUGGCAGACAUGCGGCGCAUAAUAAACAAGUUAAGCAACGAGGCACUUCAGGCAGUGGCUAAUAUCGCCACACACAAUAAGGUUAGUUUCAAGAAGAGCAGGCCAGUGAUGAAAAAGGUCAUAGAAGAUCACCUACCACAAUACUUGACAAACUUGGGUAAUGAAAAUGACAUGUCUCAGCUGUCGCAUGUUUUAACAAAUCCAUUCAGUUACCGAUCUGAUUCUGUGAACAUUACAACUCCUCUUUCACCGAAACUGUUGUCAUCCAUCAACCAGGCAUUAAAAGGACUCGAUAAUCUGACGGCACAAGCUCUUAUUGCAAUGAGAAGGAAGCUUAAUGGAAUAUCUUUCACCCCAGAAAUUGACUUUGCACCUCAUAUAAACAGAAAGAAAAGUAUUGUUACUGUGAUUAGAAAUCAGUACAAGAAGAUGAUUUCGAAGAUUGGGGAAGGUGGUGACCUGCCAAAGAAUUUGGCAAAAGCACUGUCAGUGAUGAAUCUAUUUAGGAAGCAAGAGUUGAAAUGCAUGGACAUAUCACAGGUAGAGUUCUAUCCAUUCUCAAGGAAAGUUGUAUUCUUGCAAAAUGACGUUAUGAAUGCUAUUUGGUCAAUUCAAAAGUUGAAGAAAGGGGAUCUAAAAUUGUUGGGUCCCAUACUGCAUCAAGGUUCAAAAGAUGAGGCUCUGUCGAAAACCACUUUGAGAAGGUAUUUGAUGGAUUGUUUGUUUGAAUGUGAUGAAGGUGCUUUGCCAGAUGAGGCACUGAGAACCAUUGCUUUCUGCAAUCGGAUGUCUGCGUGUCAAAAAGUUGAGCUCACAGAACAAAGAAAGGAUGUAGAGAUAGAGGGUGUACUGAAUGUAAGCAGUAGCCUCAGAGCUCUAGUAUAUCAUUGUACAGGAGGCCAAACUGAUGAUCAGUUAAUGAACUCUCAGAGUGAAUGCCAAAGCGAUGAACAAUUGAUGAGCUUAGGUUUUGAUGACUGUAGUGCUAAUAACGAUUUUGUGCUCACCGAGGGUUACUACAAUUUUGGCCAUCAGAAGCAGAGAAUAGAUGAAGCUUGUUCAAGUAGUAUGGCCAACCCUGUUGAUGUGAGUGGACAUUUUCCAAGUGGUGCUGGUAGUAAUAUGAACAAACCUACUUUGCCUGAGGUUGCUGGUGCCAAUGAAGUGGAAGUAGGUAGAAGCCCUGUGAGCCUUUCUGAGGUAUGUGAUGAGACUGCAACUUUGGCCCACAAACUUCUUGGGAAAAUUUUGGAAAAUAAGGUACUUGUAGAAAACAAGGUCAAUGGACUUGCUGGAUUCUCUCUUGACGGGUCUACUUCACAUGGUCUUCAAGAAGAGAAGAACCAAAAAGCUGAUAUUGUGAUCAAAGCCAUUGAGAAUGUCUUACCGAAUUUGUCAAAAAGCUGCAUGGACAAAGUCAGGAGGAUAUUUCAUGAUGAUAAGCAAUGAGUAUGGUCUGCAUUCUGCAAAUAUAAUGUUUAGGCUCUAGUGCUUAUGCUCCAUAUCUGUGUUACCUAAUUUUCUCAUUCCAUCUGCGAUUUCCUUUUAGGUCCUCGACUUACUGUGUUUGUUGUUGCGUGCCUUUUGACAUUCUCGUCUGUAGGUUUGUUUGUUCCUAAUCGGUUCAUUCAAAUGAGACUCAGUGGUGUUUCCUUCGAAGAGUAUAUUGUGGUUGUAAUUGAAGUGGGGCUGAUUGUUUUGUUUGCCUGAACUGGGUAGUGUUAUAUAUAAUGGAUGCUUGUGAUACAUAUGCUAAUAUCAGACAUCGUUAUACUUUCGGAUAUGAAUGUGUGGCUCAUAGUAGUCUUC